GUGUUUUUCUUGCUGAAUCGUGCCAACCGUGGGCGAAAGUGGGACCUCCAGAAUAAUAAGCUACAUAAGCUUGGUUUGGAGGAUGAAUUUUGUUUUAAGUUAGCCUCAAAGAUGCCCCUGCUUGGACGUUUUGGCACAAAAAACGUCGAAAACGCUUGCGUUUUGGUGUUCAGUUACGAUUUCAAAGACGACCCAGGUUGGAUUCGUGAUGGAAACGACGUAGAUUUGCGCAACUUGGAAGAAAGUUUUAAAAACAAAAGAAAAUGCUCGUAUCAGAGUCUCAAGUCAAAAAAUAAGAGGGAUUUGUUUCAGUUGUUGUCCAACCAAAGCGAGAUUUUUCAGCUCCUCAACAUCACAGAGGCACCGUCAGUGUUGCUGCUCUUUAUUUUGUCGCACGGAGACGAAAAUGGAUUGAUUUAUACUGAUCACAAAGUAGAUACAGCGUACGAGACAUUCACCACCAAAGAAGUUAUCGAUAAGUUAAAAAGCCACAAAGACUUAGAAAAGUGCCUUAAAAUAAUUGUUUUUGGGUGUUGUCGAGGCCAAUUGCAAGAGAAGAUCUUCUCAUCCGGCCAAAAAACUGAAAAUUACGAUAACAAAAAAGCGUGUCAACUGACGAAUUUGCCUGGCGCUGAUAAUUUCAUUCUUAUCUAUCCAACAGUUGAAACAACGACAGCAUUUCGAAAUUCUCAGAAUGGAACUUGGCUGGUACAAGAAUUAUGUGGAGCGCUAGACGGGCUCACAAAAGACACGUUGAUAGAGGUUUUCUUGACCAAAGUCCAAGAAAAAAUUUCUUAUAAAAUUUAUAUUGACGGACAAUCUCCCGAGAUCAAAUACACAGUGCACGAAAAGUUUUGGAUCAGCAAAAUUCGUGAUCAGAUUCCAAGCAACUCUGACGCAAAAGGUAAAGGAGACUUCGAUGAAUCUCGACUGCCGUUUUACAAAUGGGAAUCAAGUCAUCCGAACUGCAAGUCGGUGAGAGGAAAAGUGGCUUACAUUUUAGGAGCAGAAAACCACACAAUCGGCGUGGAAAAGGCACUUCGGCAGAGCUUAGAAUUUGACACAAUUCCCGUCCCUAAUCAAAGCUUGGAUGCGUUUUUUAACACAAUAAACAAUGGGCAACAGCAAACUAAUAUCGGUUGCGUUAUGAUGUGCGUUUUUGCGAGGCUAUACCUUGUUGAUAAACAGAAAAGCGAAAUAUUCGCAUCAAUUGGAGGAAAAACAAUGAAAUUAGGUGAUAUAGUCUACAGAUUCGUCGGCCCAUCAAAUGAAAUGUGGAUUGGACGACCAAAAAUAUUCUUCUUCGUAGACGAAACAACUAAUGAGACAGAUCAUGUUGGAGAUCAAAAGUUUAAUAUCUGGGCCACGAAUCAUAGCGGAUGCUUCGUUUGCAUAUUAAAAGGGAAAGGUUCUGUUGAACUAUUGAUCCAUCUCUUUGAGAAUCCCCAGUGGAGAAAUGGAACCUCUAUUCAGGAGCUGGCCCUUGACCUCGUUCGUAAUUAUGCUCAUAAGCCGCGUGGUGACGUAAUUCCGCAAAUCGUGUCCACGCUACCUUUCCUGGUUGAUAUACCCAUGUGGCCAAUAACAUUUGUUGCACCUAGAUUGACUUUGAUAAUUUCAAAUUGCGUCUCAACAACAGAUGCAAAAAAUGAAAUUGAAAAUGAAGUAUGUUUAAGUUCAAUGGAACAAGAUAUAUCAACGUCACUUAAAAUGCAUGGGCCUAGUGAGGAAAUAUUGCUGGCGUUUGACGAAUUGAAACAGAUGAUGAAGCGCCAGUUUUUGGGUUCUGAAAAGAAUGAUUACUGCGUGUGGCUUUUAUCCUCGCUACCCGGUUCAGGAAAGUCAACAAUGCUCCUCGAAAUUGCGAGUUAUCUAAACAGACAUCAGCUCAACAAAAAGGUCUUUACCAUCCAACUUCAGCAACUUUACGGGUAUUUUCACAAGGAACGGUACCCAAAUAUUGUGAAUAUAAUAUCCGUAUCAUAUCAUGUGAACUACGAUAUGAAGACACUAGUAGAAAAGGGGAUAGUAUUUCUGGACGGUUUUGAUGAAAUUUGCCCUGAUUACCGUGCUAAAGUGAUGCAGCUGAUCAAAGAUUUGACUGAAAUGCAGAUGCCACUGGUGAUCGCAACCAGGCCCGAGGAAGCCGAGGCCAUUUUAAAGUCUCUAGAAUGGCUGUCUACAAGGAAGAUAGAAAUAAAACCUCUUGAGAGGGGAGAACAAAUUGAACUUCUUGAGAAAUUAGGCAAGCUUCCAAAAGAAUGUGAAAAAAUAAUUGAAAUCUUCAAACAUAAUGGAUUUACUGAUAUCCUUAAGAAUCCGUUCCAUUUAACACUGAUAAGUGACGUGAAGCUUGAAUCAUUUCAAGAUAUAUUCAGCAUCUAUGAGACAGUAAUUAAAAAAAAAGUAGGGGAAGCGUUACAAACUGCAAAGGAGAACAGGAACCCCAAAGAAUAUGAGAUUGACAAGCGAAUUACAAUCUUGCAGGACGUUUCACUAAGAUUUCUCCUAAAUGACAAGUUAAUUCCUCUGCCAAACGACAUCAAUUUAAUCAACAACACCGGCAUCGCAUCAAUGCAAAUAGAGACAAUACGAUUCGUUCAUCAAACGUUUGCUGAAUUCCUCGUUGCUCAGCGUUUCAUUCACGAAAUAGAAAAUGAAUUUAAAUCUUCCAUUCCAAUAUUCCAAAACAUCAACUUAAGACAGUGCCGAAUUUUCAUCGACAGUUGUGUUUCUAAAAAUGGCCCUUUUCGAGAUAAUUUGACGAGUUUUUUAAUCCAAAGCCACAAUUUAGCUGUACAUAGAAUUUUAGGAGAAAUGCUAAACAACAUUCUUUUCGAGUUAAAACCAAAAUUAAAAUCGCUGCUCAAGGGUGAAGUAAACAAGCAGGACGAAAACGGUGAUACGCCUCUCAUUUUAGCAGCUAAAAAUUCAAGCAGGGAAAUUAUUCAAAUCUUGGUGGAAAAUAACGCUGAUUUGAGUGCGAUGGACAGUAACGGAGACGAUGCUUUGCAUUUAGCGUGCAAAAGUGGAAAAUUGGAGAAUGUCCAGUAUUUACUGGGUUUAAAUGGCUUCAGCCUAGAAAAGAAAGGUAACAAAGGAAGAACUGCUCUUCAUUAUGCUGGUAUGAGAGAUAACAUUGCUUUGGCCGAAUUUCUUCUUUCAAAGGAAGCAGACAUCAACGCACGCGACGAUAAAAUUGCAACGGCUCUCACUUACGCAGCUUGUUUUUCAAAUAAAGAAAUGUGUCAACUUUUGGUGAAGAACGGUGCUGAUUUGAGUGCGGUUAAUAGAGAGGGAAACGAUGCAUUGCAUUUAGCGUGCUUCAAUGGAAAAUUGGAGAAUGUCCAGUAUUUGCUGGGUUUAAAUGGCUUCAUCCUGGAAAAGAAAGGUUCAAACGGAAAAACUGCCCUUCAUUAUGCUGCUCUAAGAGGGUACAUUGCUGUGGCCGAUUUUCUUCUUUCAAAGGGAGCAGACAUAAACGCACGCGAUGAUGAUAAUCAAACGCCUCUUACUAUAUCAACGUAUUUUACAAAUGAAAAAAUGUGUCGAUUUUUGGUGGGUAGGGGCGCUGAUUCGAGUGCGGUGGACAGAAACGGGAAUAAUGCUUUGCAUAUAGCUUGCUUCACUGGAAAAUUGGAGAAUGUCCAGUAUUUGCUGGGUUCAAAUGGCUUCAGCCUAGAAAACAGAGGUAACAACGGAAAAGUUGCUCUUCAUUAUGCUGCUUUAAGUAGUCACAUAGCUGUGGCUAAAUUUCUUCUUUCAAAGGGAGCAGAUGUCAACGCACGCGAUGAUAAUAAUGAAACACCUCUCACUUUAGCAGCUACUUUUUCAAAUGCAAUGUGUCGAAUUAUUGUGGAUAACGGCGCUGAUUUGAGUGCGGUUAAUAGUGAGGGAAACGAUGCAUUGCAUUUAGCGUGCAUCAAUGGAAAAUUGGAGAAUGUCAAGUAUUUGCUGAGUUUAAAUGGCUUCAGCCUAGAAAAGAAAGGAAAAAAUGGAAAAACUGCCCUUCAUAAUGCAGCUAGAAAGGGUCACAUUGAUGUGGUCGAAUUUCUUCUUUCAAAGGAAGCGGACAUCAACGCACGCGACGAUAGUAAUGAAACGCCUCUCAAUUUGGCAGCUGCUUCUGCAAAUGAAGAAAUGUGUCGACUUUUGGUGGAUAGGGGCGCUGAAUUGAGUGCGGUUGACAGUGACGGAAACGAUGCUUUGCAUUUAGCGUGCAUUACUGGAAAAUUGGAGAAUGUCAAAUAUUUGCUGGGUAUAAAUGGUAGCAGCAUACGAAAGAUAGCGUUAAACGGACAAACAUCCCUUCAUUAUGCUGCUAUAAGAGGUAACAUUGCUGUCGCCGAAUUUCUUCUUUCAAAGGGAGCAGACGUCAACGCACGCGACAAUAAUAAUGAUACACCUCUAUUUUACGCAGCUUCUUUUUCAAAAGAAAUGUUUCGACUGUUGGUUGAUAGCGGUGCUGAUUUGAGUGCGGUGGACCGUAACGGAGAUGAUAUUUUGCAUAUAGAGUGCUUCAAUGGACAAUUGGAGAAUAUCCAGUAUUUGCUGUGUAUAGAUGGUGUCAGCGUAGGAAAGAAAGGCAAAAACGGAAAAACUGCCCUUCAUAAUGCUGCUUCAAGAGGUCACAUUGCUGUAGCUGAAUUUCUUCUUUCAAAGGGAGCAGACGUCAACGCACGCGACGAUGAUAAUGCAACUCCUCUCACUUACGCAGCUUUUAUAUCUAAUGAAAAAAUGUGUCAACUUAUGGUGGAGAGCGGCGCUGAUUUGAGUGCGGUUAACAGUGGCGGAAACGAUGCUUUGCAUUUAGCGUGCUUCAAUGGAAAAUUUGAGAAUGUCCAGUAUUUGCUGGGUUUAAAUGGCUUUGACCUAGGAAAGAAAGGCAAAAACGGAAAAACUGCCCUUCAUUGGGCUGCUAUAAGAGAUAACAUUGAUGUGGCCGAAUUUCUUCUUUCAAAAGGAGCAGACGUCAAUGCACGUGACGAUGAUAAUAAAACGACUCUCAUUUUGGCAGCCACUUCACAAAAUAUGAGAAUGUGUCGACUAUUGGUGGAUAGGGGCGCUGAUUUGAGUGCGGUCGACAGUGACGGAAACGAUGUUUUGCAUUUAGCGUGCAUCGUUGGACAAUUGGAGAAUAUUCAUUAUUUGCUGGGCAUAAAGGGCUUCAGCCUUGGAAAGAAGAGCAAAAACGGAAAAACUUCUCUUCAUUAUGCUGCUAUAAGGGGUCACAUUGCUGUGGCCGAAUUUCUUCUUUCAAAUGGAGCAGACGUCAACGCACGCGAUGAUAAAAACGAAACGCCUCUCACUUACGCAGCUUGUUAUUCAAAUAAAGAAAUGUGUCAACUUUUGGUGAAGAACGAUGCUGAUUUGAGUGCGGUUAACAGUGGCGGAAACGAUGCUUUGCAUUUAGCGUGCUUCAAUGGAAAAUUUGAGAAUGUCCAGUAUUUGCUGAGUUUAAAUAGCUUCGACCUAGGAAUGAAAGGCAAAAAUGGAAAAACUGCUCUUCAUUAUGCUGCUCAAAAAGGUCACCAUGCUGUAGCCGAAUUACUUCUUUCCAACGAACUAGACAUCAACGUUAGAGCCGACUUUAAUGAAACGCCUUUCACUUUGGCAGCUUAUUUUUCGGAUGAAAAAAUGUGUCGAUAUUUGGUGGAUAUGGGCGCCGAUUUGAGUGCGGUACACAAUGACGGAAACGACGCUUUGCAUUUAGCGUGCCUCAAUGGGAAAUUUGAAAAUGUCAAAUAUUUGCUGGGUUUAAAUGGCUUCAGCGUAGAAAAGAAAGGCGAAAACGGUAGAACGGCUCUUCAUUGGGCUGCAAAAAAUGGUCACGUCACUGUGGUUAAAUUUCUUCUUUCAAAAAAAGCAGAUGUCAAUGCACUCGAUAAUGAUUAUGACACGCCUCUCAAUUUGGCAGCGCAUUUUUCAAUCGAAGAAAUGCAUCGUCAUUGGGUUUAUAGCAGCGGGGAUUUGAGAGUGGUGGACAGUGAAGGAGCCGAUGCUUUGCAAUUAUCGUGCUUAAAUGGAAAAUUGGAGACUGUACAGUAUUUGCUGGCUUUAAAUGGCUUCGGCCUAGGAGAGAAAGGCAAACACGAAAAAACUGCUCUUCAUUGGGCAGCUCAAAAAGGUCACUUACAUGUGGCCAAAUUUCUUCUUUCAAUGGGAGCAGACAUAAACGCACGUGACGAUAAUAAUGAAACGCCUCUCAAUUUAGCAGCUUCUUCUCCAGAUGAAAUAAUGUGUCGACUUUUGGUGAAUAAGGGCGCCGAUUUGAGUGCGGUUGACAAUGAUGGAAACGAUGCUUUGCAUUUAGCGUGCAUUUAUGGAAGAUUGGAGAAUGUCCAGUAUUUUCUGAGUUUGAAUGAUGGAUUCAGCCUAGGAAAGAAAUGCAAGCACGGACAAACUGCCCUUCAUAUUGCUGCUUUAAAAGGUCACAUUGCUGUGGCUGAAUUUCUUCUUUUAAAGGGAGCAGACGUCAACGCACGCGACGAUGAUAAUGCAACUCCUCUCACUUACGCAGCUGUCGCAGCUUAUAUAUCUAAUGAAAAAAUGUGUCAACUUUUGGUGGAUAGGGGUGCUGAUUUGAGUGCGGUGGACAGUGACGGAGAUGAUGCUUUUCAUUUUGCGUGCUUCAAUGGAAAAUUGGAGAAUGUUCAGUAUUUGCUGGGUUUAAAUGGCUUCAGCCUAGGAAAGAAAGGCAAAAACGGAAAAACUGCACUCCAUUAUGCUGCUAUAAGAGAUCACAUUGCUGUGGCCGAAUUUCUUCUUUCAAAGGAAGCAGAUGUCAACGCACGCGACGAUAAUAUUGAAACGCCUCUCAUAUACGCAGCCUCUUUUUCAAAUGAAAAAAUGUGUCGACUUUUGGUGAAUAAGGGCGCUGAUUUGAAUGCGGUGAACCGUGACGGAAAGGAUGUUUUGCAGUUAGCGUGCCUCAAUGGAAAAUUGGAGAAUGUUCAGUAUUUGCUGGGUUUAAAUGGCUUCUGCCUAGGAAAGAAAGGCAAAAACGGAAAAACUGCCCUUCAUAAUGCUGCUUCAAGAGGUCACAUUGCUGUGGCCGAAUUUCUUCUUUCAAAGGGAGCAGAUGUCAACGCACGCGACGAUGAUAAUGAAACGCCUCUCACUUACGCAGCUUUUAUAUCUAAUGAAAAAAUGUGUCAACUUAUGGUGGAGAGCGGCGCUGAUUUGAGUGCGGUUAACAGUGGCGGAAACGAUGCUUUGCAUUUAGCGUGCUUCAAUGGAAAAUUUGAGAGUGUCCAGUAUUUGCUGGGUUUAAAUGGCUUCGACCUAGGAAAAAAAGGCAAAAACGGAAAAACUGCCCUUCAUUUUGCUGCUUUAAGAGAUAACAUUGAUGUGGCCGAAUUUCUUCUUUCAAAAGGAGCAGACGUCAAUGCACGUGACGAUAAUAAUGAAACGCCUCUCAAUUGGUCAGCUUAUAUAGCAAAUGAAGAUAUGUGUCAACUUUUGGUGGUUAGCGGCGCUGAUUUGAGUGCGGUGGACAUUGAUGGAAACGAUGCUUUGCGUUUAGCAUGCUGCAAUGGAAAAUUGGAGAAUGUCCAGUAUUUGCUGGGUUUAAAUAGCUUCGACCUAGGAAUGAAAGGCAAAAACGGAAAAACUGCUCUUCAUUAUGCUGCUCAAAAAGGUCACCAUGCUGUGGCCGAAUUACUUAUUUCCAACGGACUAGACAUCAACGUUAGAGCCGACUUUAAUGAAACGCCUUUCACUUUGGCAGCUUAUUUUUCGAAUGAAAAAAUGUGUCGAUAUUUGGUGGAUAGGGGCGCCGAUUUGAGUGCGGUUAAUAGUGAGGGAAACGAUGCAUUGCAUUUAGCGUGCAUUAAUGGAAAAUUUGAAAAUGUCAAAUAUUUGAUAGGUUUAAAUGGCUUCAGCGUAGAAAAGAAAGGCGAAAACGGUAGAACGGCUCUUCAUUGGGCUGCUUUCAGAGGUCACGUCACUAUGAUUAAAUUUCUUCUUUCUAAGGGAGCAGACGUCAACGCACUCGAUAAUGAUUAUAACACGCCUCUCACUUUGGCAGCAUAUUUUUCAAACGAAGAAAUGCGUCGACCUGGGGUUGAUAGCGGCGCUGAUUUGAGUGCGGUGGACAUUGACGGAGACGAUGUUUCGCGUUUAGUGUACUUCAAUGGAAAAUUGAACGAUAUCAACUAUUUGACGCCUUUAGGCACAGCAGCUAGCUGUGAGUUUGAAACAGCAACCAGGGCUAUUUUAGAAAGAGGUGCCGACGUUAACAAACGAAAUAAGUCUUGCGCGACGGCUCUGACCAUAAGCACGGUUGCAAACAACCACAAACUGAUGAAAAUCCUUCUGCAACAUCCUGGGGUUGAAGUCGACGCAACCGAUCCGGACGGCAUGACUUCUUUGCACUAUGCAGCAGCGUGUGGUCUCUACGACGCCAUAACGAUAUUGCUGAAAAACAACGCUGAAAUUAACUUGCAAGACAAUUUUGGUAGAACAGCUCUGCACAGAGUGCUCGUAUCAGGGAACCUUGAAUGCAUAAAGCUCUUGGUUUCGGAGCCAAACGUCAACGUCAACAUACGCGAUCAUAUGUAUGGAAUGGCGCCAGUCCACUUGGCACUGACACGUGACCAAGAGGACGCAGCCUAUGCAUUUAUUGAAAGUGAACACGCAGACGUAAAUUUGAGAGUGUCCUUGCCUGCUAUACAUGAAAACUUUAUAGGUUUUACCCCCCUCCAUAUAGCUGCUGCCCACGGCCUGACCAGAUCUAUUCAACGACUAAAAGAAAAGGGUGCUAAGUUUGAUAUUCCGUGCGUUCAGAACCUGACUCCGCUUCAUCUGGCUGCAAACAAUGGACAAGAAGAAGCAACAAAGAUGCUCCUGGAAGAGGGUGUAGAUUGCAAUGCGAAAGACGAUCAUGGGCAAACACCUCUCUAUUUAGCAGCUGAAAAAGGAAGUGAUAAGUGCGUCUUGGCUUUGGUCAAGGACGUCCGAAUAAAUUUAAAUGUGACAAAUGCAAGAGCAGAAACUCCCAUUUUAAUAGCAGCAAGGAAAAAGCAUUGGGGUGUUGUGCAAAUAUUGGUUAAUUAUGAGGCUGACCUCGAAAUAAGAGACUUAAAUGGGCAGUGUGCCUUGGACGAAUUGAGUAGCUUGUAAAAUGAGAAUUAUCAUAUAUGUUUUAUUUUUAUUUUUAUAAGUAGUUAAAUAUAAAAUUAAUUUGUAUGUAUGUAUCUUAUAAGUUCUGUGUUAUCUGUUUAGCACGUCAUAUGAUUAAAUAAACAAAAUUUGGGA